AUGGGAAGAUCUGGCAACUUCCGAGCAAAGACGAGCCGAGAAAUCUUUAAGAUGGACGGUGGCAGAGUGGACGGAGACGAGUCUUCAGCAGAGAAACAGAGACGCCCCACCCUCGGCAUGGUGCCGGAGAGGAGGAGAAAGAAAUGGGAAAACUUGAAGAAAGUCACCCGAAAUAGUCACCGGAAAGCUUGGAGGAGAUCACCGGAGAAGGAGGAGUCUCGAAGACAGAUGUUGGUUUGA